AUGUUCCUGCUGGUCUUAAUUGCCCUCACUCUCACCUCACUCAUCCACGCCCGACCGCUAUCAGAAUUGGGGUCUCAUGUUGAUCAGAAUGGUCCAGUUGACCCACAAAUUGUCAAAUGGCUUCAAAGUCAGGAUCCUUCACUUAUCGCCCAUCUCAGUAACAACGGUAAUGUCAAUGAAGUCACUAAUUCGCACGGUUGGAAGGACCUUUUCAAGUACAUGGCACAGCUCAAUGAUUACUACGUACUGUUUGGCAGAGCCAGGUAA